UGACCCACCCAGCGUCGCAGCCAUCAAACCCAACCCAACCAACCAAGCAAGCAAGCAAGCAAAUUCCCCAUCCCCGAACCACCAGCGCCGCCGUCUCCGGCUCUCCGCCGCCACCGUCCGGCCACCCCGCGCGCGCCUCCCGGGAGCACAAACCCAAGCCCCGUCCCGCCGUGGAUCGCCGUGUGGGGAGGGGCGUACCGGCCGGGCCCCGACGGGCCAGAUGGUCUCCGGCGCCGGCGGGGGCGAGUAGCGCGGUUGGUGGCGACGAACGGAUCGGCGGCGCUGUGAGGCGGCGGCGGGGGCGGGGGCCACCAUGUCUGCGGUAGUGUGCGGCAAGAGGUCCUCCUCCAUCUUCGGCGACGAGCUUAUACCUUCCUCUUCCUCCCCUCCGUCCCCUCCCCAUCACCAUCACCCCUCCAAGCGGGCCCGCUGCUCCUCGGCUCGCCGGAGGGAGGCGCUGCUCCACCACCUCCUCCCCCUCUUCCCGGACAUGGAUCCCCAGUUGCUUGAAAGAGCUCUUGAGGCAUCUGGAGAUGAUCUAGAUUCUGCAAUAAAAAGUUUGACUGAACUGCGUUUGGAGUCAGCUGAGGCUAUCCUAUCCGCUACUGUUGGUGAAUCCGAGAAUGGUCUAUCGGCAGCUCUUAAGUUGUCGGCUGAAGGCACUGUUAGUAAUGGCCAUUUGGGUGUAGUUACUGAGCAGCCCCCUGCAACUGAUAAUGAUCAGACAAAUAAUCAGAGCUCCGAAUGGGUUGAGCUAUUUGUUGGAGAGAUGAUGAGCUCCUCCGACAUAGAUGAUGCACGAGCUCGUGCCUCUAGGGCUUUGGAGGCAUUUGAAAAAUCCAUCAUGGAUCGAGUAGGGGCUGAAGCAGUGCAUAAUUUACACAGGGAAAAUGCGAUGCUGAAGGAGCAACUGUCAAUAAUACUGCGCGAGAAUGCUGUUCUGAAGCGGGGUGUUGCGAUACAACAUGAGCGCCAAAAGGAGUUUGAUGUGAGGACUCAGGAGGCUGACAGCCUGAAACAGUUGGUAUUGCAGUAUCAGGAGCAGCUAAAAACUCUUGAGAUAAAUAACUAUGCACUUAGAGUGCAUCUGAAGCAAGCUCAGCAGAACAAUUCUAUGCCUGGACGUUUCCCCCCUGAUGUCUUCUAAGAAAUGUGGUGGCCAUGUACCUCUCAUACUAAACAGCAUGAUAUAUUUGAAGUGAGGGAGAGGGAUUCACGUGUUGCUACUGUGAUAUAAUAGUAACUCGGGACCUUUAGGUCGAGAGCUGAAAUGUUGCAUAUACCAUCAUACCACCAAUCAUCUGGCUUAUGCAGCGAGAAAGCACCAACAUCAAGGUCCUGAGAUCCUAUGUGGUUUGAAGUGGAGAUGAAAGGGCAUUUUAGGGUUGGCGGUGCACCUGGUGCUUACUGCCUGCUUGUAACAUUAUGUUUUGCUGGGUUUGGAAUUGUAAGAACAGAUGCUCCUACAUUGUAAUAUGGAAUACAUAAGAAUCAAGUGAUGUAUUUAUAAUAUUGAUAGAGAGAAGAAUGCUCUGUCAGUCGGAAGAAUCAA